GACAUCGCCUUGCCACAACACACCCGCGCACUAUCGCCAACAUGUCGACAAUCAUGCGAACCCUUCGCAACCUGCGGAGUAUAGGUUUAAAGGACUACGGCCACCAACUUCAUUACAUCGGUGAUACCAAGCGCGGAACACUGGUCGGCAUAGACCGCUACGGCAACAAGUACUUUGAGAACCUGGAAGAAGAGCUGCCUCUACGAACACGCUGGGUGGACUACAAGGACCACGAAUAUGAUCCCUCGCAGAUAGAGCCAGGCUGGCACGCGUGGAUGUCAUAUAUGGUUGACAAAGCGCCUUCAGAGGACAAGUUGUUGCAACGCUCGUUGCGGCCAUGGGAGCCUGCGAAGCAUGUACCGGUGAUCACGGCAUCGAGGAGUGCGUUCAAGACCUUCAACACGACCAAGCCGAAAUACUCGGCAUGGAAGCCGGUAGCGGCUUCAAGAUGAGCAGGACACUAGGAGGUAUGGCGAGUUCACAUGAGCGAUUCUGGCCAUUCCAGAUCAACGACGUUGGGUGCUGUCGUGACCCACGUUCCUGGCAUGGCGUUCAUAGGCGAGGUACAAUUCGAAGAGCGGAAUAUCAUAGUGCACUUAUUAUCGUGAAAUUCCGUUGUACAUAUCCCACCUGCGA